AGCAACCUUCUUCCCACUGUCUUCAUCUUCUUCUUUGUUUGCCACAGAGUAUUGAGAAAACUCUCUUUGUUUCAAUCCCUUAUUUGCUAAUAUGUCGCUUCUUACAGAUCUUGUUAACCUUAAUCUCUCCGACUGCACUGACAAAAUCAUUGCUGAAUACAUAUGGAUCGGUGGAUCUGGGAUGGACCUCAGAAGCAAAGCAAGGACACUUUCUGGUCCUGUAAGCGACCCUUCAAAGCUACCCAAAUGGAAUUAUGACGGUUCCAGCACAGGUCAAGCCCCUGGUGAAGAUAGUGAAGUGAUCCUAUAUCCUCAAGCUAUCUUCAAAGACCCAUUCAGGAGGGGCAACAAUAUUCUUGUUAUGUGCGAUGCUUACACACCAGCUGGUGAGCCCAUCCCCACAAACAAGAGAUGCAACGCUGCCAAGAUAUUUAGCCAUCCCGAUGUUGCUGCGGAAGAGCCCUGGUAUGGAAUUGAGCAAGAGUACACCCUGUUGCAGAAAGAUGUUAAGUGGCCAAUUGGAUGGCCUCUUGGUGGCUACCCUGGACCUCAGGGUCCUUACUAUUGCGGUGUUGGUGUGGACAAAGCCUAUGGGCGUGACAUUGUGGAUUCUCAUUACAAAGCAUGUUUAUAUGCUGGGAUUAAUAUCAGUGGCAUCAAUGGAGAAGUGAUGCCCGGACAGUGGGAAUUUCAAGUUGGUCCGGCGGUUGGCAUUUCUGCCGGAGAUGAGUUGUGGGUUGCACGUUACAUUUUGGAGAGGAUUACAGAGACUGCUGGAGUGGUGCUCUCCUUUGAUCCUAAGCCAAUUCAGGGAGACUGGAAUGGUGCCGGCGCUCACACAAAUUACAGUACGAAGUCCAUGAGAAGUGAUGGAGGCUACGAGGUUAUCAAGAAAGCAAUUGAAAAGCUUGGGCUAAGGCACAAAGAACACAUUGCUGCCUAUGGAGAAGGCAAUGAGCGUCGUCUCACCGGCCGGCACGAGACCGCCGACAUCAACACUUUCUUAUGGGGUGUUGCAAACCGUGGGGCAUCAAUUCGUGUUGGGCGAGACACAGAGAAAGCCGGAAAAGGGUAUUUCGAAGACAGGAGGCCAGCAUCGAACAUGGAUCCGUAUGUUGUCACGUCCAUGAUUGCAGAAACCACCAUCCUGUGGAAACCAUGAGGGGAAGCCCAUGUUUGGGAUGCUGUUUCCAUGGUAGAAAGAAAGGAAAGAGCCAAAGUGUUUGUUUUGUUCCCCUCCAGUAGGAUACACUCAUUUCAUUGCACUUAGUAAUUAGGUCAGGUCAUGGUUGCCCUUGCUUGGAAUUGAGGUAGAAAGGGUUGUUUCUACUGCUUUCUUGCAAUUACGGUUAAUCUUGUGUUAAAUAAAUGAGAAUGCUUUUAUUAUUAUUAUUAUUAUUAAUGAAGGGCUAGAUUUUGAGUUUCAA